AUGCCCAUUGCUUUUCAAAUUCUAGUACCCACGACUCUGAAAAGGAUCGGUGGUCUAACUCCUGAGGAGAGAAAAUUGAAAAUUCGAAAAUUCCAAGAGAAGAAGAAAAGGAGACAUUGGGGCAAAAGAGUGAGCUACAAUUGCAGAAAACAAGUUGCAGAUAAGAGAUUAAGAGUUAAAGGACGGUUUAUAGCGAACACUCAAGCUAUGCCGAUGAAUAGCAGCGACUAG